CACGAAAUAUUGCCGGUCCCCAGUGCAGAAGAUGAUGUUUGAGCUUCCUGAACUGCUGCAGUCUGUCUCGUGAAGGUGUUCCCACAAUGCUGUUAGCUUCCCAAUCAUGGAGGCCACAGUCUUUUGAAGGUGAACAGUUGGGUUUUUAACGACAAUACAGCAGCUUUCACCGUCACAUCUCCCUAGUGCCAGCCCCACAAGUGACCGGAUUUGUUCAGUUCAAUUCCACAAGUUUGCAAUUCCUUGUGUUACCCUGCACUCCCUGUUGUCUGUUUUGAACCGAUUUUCACAGGGCUAUAUGAGGUGUGAUCGAGAAACCCGAACCAGAUGUCCCAUCGUGAUCUGGUGAGGUCACUCACUUUAUUGUAGCCUGGGCAUCAUCGGAGUUUGAACAUGGAAGGUGAAGGCACUGUGCACAGUGGGGAGGAAUUGUACACAUGUUUUGUGUGUGGGCGAGGCUUCAGCCGAUCAUCGGACCUGUUAGAACAUAAAUGUAGUGGGGAGAAACUGUGGAAAUGUGGGGUCUAUGAGGGUGAAUCCAGAUCCUUGUCUAAACUGGAAACACACUGGCGCAGUCAGACCACGGAAGGACUCUUCACCUUCUCUGACAGUGGGAAGGCAUUCACUUCCUCUUCCGCCCUGCUGGCACAGCAAUGGGGUCACGCUGAGGAGAGACCUUUCAAAUGCUUAGACUGCACCAAAUGCUUCACAAGUUCUUGGGACCUGAUUUUUCAUCAAUGCGUUCACACUGACGAGAGACCGUUCAGGUGCGCUCAGUGUGGGACUGGCUUCCGAACAUCGUCUGACCUCCUCGCGCACCAGCCAGUUCACACUGGCGAGAGGCCGUUCGUCUGCUCAGAGUGUGGGAAGGGAUUCGCGCAGAGCUCUACCCUUGUGAAACAUCGGCGCGUUCACACUGGCGAGAAACCAUUCACCUGCUCUCAGUGUGGGGAGGGAUUCGCUCAGUCAUCUCACCUCGUGAGACACCAACGCAUUCACACUGGGGAAAGACCGUUCACCUGCUCCGAGUGCGGGAAGGGAUUCACUCAGUCGUCCACCUUGCUGGCACACCAGAGGCUUCACACCGGGGAGAGACCAUUCAUCUGCUCAGAGUGUGGGAAGGGAUUCACUCAGUCGUCCAAGCUGUUGAUACACCAGAGGCUUCACACUGAUGAGAGACCAUUUCAGUGCCCAGACUGUGCAAAGCGGUUUAAAAGUUCUGGGGAACUGAUGUCCCAUCAGCGUGUUCACACUGACGAGAGACCAUUCAGGUGCUCUCACUGUGCAAUUGGGUUCAAACGAUCAUCUGAUCUCACAGUACACCAGCGGGUUCACACUGGGGAGAGGCCGUUCACCUGCUCCCAGUGUGGGAAGGGAUUCACUUCCUCAUCCACCCUGCUGAUACACCAGCGAAUUCACACUGGGGAGAGGCCCUUUAUCUGCUCCGAGUGUGGGAAGGGAUUCACUGAGUUAGCCAGCUUGCUGAAACACCGGAGUACUCACAGCGAGGAGAGGCCAUUCACCUGCUCAGAGUGUGGGAAGGGAUUCAGUCGGUCGUCAACGCUGGUGACUCACUGGCGAGUUCACACGGGGGAAAGGCCUUUCAUCUGCUUCAGCUGUGGGAAGACGUUCACUCAAUUAUGCAGUCUGUUGAGACACCAGCGGGUUCACACUGGGGAGAGGCCAUUCACCUGCUCAGAUUGUGGGAAGGGAUUCACUCGAUCAUCUACCCUGAUGAAACAUCAGAAAAUUCAUAACUAACUUCAGUCAUUGGAUUUUGCUGUUAAUCACAUCCAAGCCUGUGUUGUGUUCACUUGUGUACAUUUCUGCUGGUGUUAAUAAACUCCAAUGCAUUUACAGGGCUUAAUAUUGUGGAUAAAGGUCUAAUAAAGUAACUUUGAUUUAAA